UGCAAAGUUACAAAACAAGAAAAUCCUGGAAAAGAGUACACUCAAAUUCUUGAAAGUUAAGAGCGUGAUUUAUCGUUAUUUAUCAAUAAACGAGGCCAAAUUCCUUGUUGGUAAUUUGCGGUGAUUACAUGAAACUCUGUGGUUCUUGCAAAAGAUUGUUUGUUGGUUUGCUGGAGCAAAGUUUAUCUUUGGUAAAAUCUGAGAUCAGGCUUCUAAGUACUAACUUAACAUUGAUGAUGGAUAGUAGCAGUGGAGAGACCAACACCCUGGAGAUUGUAAACCCAGGGGAGAUCAUGAACCCAGAGGUGAGGUUCAAGGGAACAAGUGACCGGUUUAAAUGCAUAACAAUCAGUUCUGUCGAGGAGGAUUUCUGUCCUGGUUCUAACUUUCACCAGAUUUUGGAUAGAAGCCUAUUGUACUGGAAGAAAGAUAUGGUUCGAGGAGUGUGGUUUUAUGUACACCCAGAACACUCUGCAUGGAUUCCACAUCUUGUUAAACAGGGAUUUGUGUUCCACCAUGCCAAUACAGAACGCCUGGCACUCUACCUCUGGCUAGAUGAUAAGGAUAGAUGCCAGAUUCCCAGUUAUGCUCAUACUCUAGUAGGGGUCGGAGGAAUGGUGAUAAAUGAGAGAGAUGAAAUACUGGUUGUGCAGGAGAGGUUUUACUUAUCACCCCACUGGAAACUUCCAGGAGGAUAUGUAGAUCCUGGAGAAGAAAUUCACGAGGCCGCCAUUAGAGAAGUAAUGGAAGAAACUGGAGUAAAAACAGAAUUUCAGUAAGUUUUGACGAAAAAAAAUGUCCUCAUGAUUUAAAGGUUGAUCCCGGGUUUAUUGUCAAAAAUGUUCGUUAUUAUGUAAGUUAUACUGCUAAAUUUUGUGUGAGGACAGACAAUUUUAAAGUGUUAAAUGCAAAUUUCAAAAUAAAAGGAAAACAGGA